AUGGCAACCGAAACGGCAACAGUUACACUUCCCUAUGAACAAGCCAGGGAAACAACGGAGGAGCUCGACUGGGCCGAUCUGAUAACUUUGGAUCUCUCCAAAUUUGACCAGCCUGGGGGUAAACAAGAAUUAGCCGCCGAGUUGUCGAGAGCCAUACAGGAAGUAGGAUUCUUCUAUGUUAAGAACCAUGGCCUGAGCAAGGAAGAUAUCGACACUCAGUUUGCUCUCGCAUCAUCCGUGUUAUCGCUAUCCGAUGAAGAGAAACUACCUUUCCGAGCUGCUUUAGAACAAGGCGACUAUAACGGUUGGAAGCCGGCAGGAACUCGAGACCUGAUUCCUGGCGUCAAGGACAAUUUUGAGAUUUAUAAUAUCCCCAAGUUCAUCCCCGAACAGGCUGGUCGUCCUCACCCCGAAGUUGUCAAGCAGCACUGGGCUACUAUUGAGAGGUUUUCAAAGCACAUACACGACCAGAUUGUCAAAAAACUCCUUGUUAUCUUUGCCAUUAUACUAGAGCUUGACGAUGAAGAUUGGUUCGUCAACCGACAUCGUUAUGAACAGAGCAGUGGCGAUCAUUUGCGGUAUAUGAAAUAUUACGCAAGAAGUGAGGAGGAGAACAAGAAACUGGGCGGUGUAUGGCUUAAAGGCCACUCAGAUAUGGGGAGCCUAACACUACUUUUCCGUCAACCCGUCGCUGCUCUCCAGGUUCUAAGCAAUGACGGAACGUGGAAAUGGGUACGUCCACAAACAGAUGCCCUCACCGUCAACAUUGCAGAUGCCCUCCAAUUCCUCACAACUAACAUGCAAUCAACCGAUGGUUUCUUAAAGUCCAGCAUACACAGAGUUGUGGCUCCGCCGAAGGAUCAGGCGCACAUCAAUCGCUUAGGCGUCCUUUACAUGGUUCGAGUCGAAGAUGAUACAGAAUUGGUCCCUAUUCAAGAUUCUGCAGUGCUGCGUGAGCGCGGUUUACUUGAACAGAACAUCUUGGGUACGGAUGGAAAGCCUUUGAAGGCUGGCGAAUGGGUGAAGCAGAGAGUUAUCAAGAACCUGGGCUCCACCAGCACCGCCAAGGGCGAUAACGAAGAGAAGGAUGUCGAGAUCUUAAAGGGCGUCAAGGUCAAAUACUAUGACUAG